ACCAGGACCUCUCCUAAGUGGAAUGCAGCCAUCGUUAAUGGUUUUGAGCAGCAGUGGCUGCUCUACGCCGCGGGGGGAGCCCUAACAGCCUCUGCUGUAAUUCCUUAAACCGAAGAAGAAGUGGCAGCCACAACAAUAACACACAGCUAGCUACACUGAAAAGAACAUCUACGAAUGUCCCGUUUUUAGCUCGGAAAUACUAUUUUGACACAUUUAGGCAGAACGUUUCCGCGAAUAAACCAAAUCAAAUCUGCACGGGAGGUCAAGUCAGGCGCCAUGUUGUGUUAUUAAAAGGAAAUAACAUGCUGUCGUUGUUGUGACGCGCAACCAAUAGAAGCUAACUAGCUAGCUGCAUCGUUAGCUUGUUUCCAACCAGCUCGGUUUUCUCUUUAAUGUCACUGGUCUCUGGCACCGCGCGCAAACAUGGAGAGCUUGUACAAGCGGAAAAUGUUCGCGUCGAUGCGGAAAACCAAGGUGGACGCAUCAAAGAAAAGAAAAGUAAUCGGCUUGCCGGCCUCCAUCCUAGACGACAGUGACGAAGGCUCCUUCACCUCGUCCUCCUCCGGAUCCCAAUCCGACUUCCAGAGCUCCGCGGAGGAGGACAGCGGGCAGGAGGACCGCGGCCGGAGCGAUUCCGGGGCGACUUCUAGCGACGACAGCCGCUCCGUGACCCGCAAAAAGCGCUCGUUCCUGGGAGGCGACAACAGCUCUUCGUCUUCCAGUCCCGGGGAGGAGGACACGACAGAUGAUGAGAAGGGGGACAGGAGCCAGCCAAAGAGGAUGGUGCAGCCUAAAAAGCGGAGCAGGCUGCAGCGACAGGACGAGUCGGACUCGGACCACGCGGAGGAGAAGCGGAGAGAGAAGGCGGAGGAGAAGCGGAGAGAGGAGGAGGAGAAGGAGAAGAAGAGGCAGAGACACAACAAGCUGCUGGCGCUGUCCCGGAGGAUGAAGGCCCGGGUCCCGAGCCGGAGGAGGAGCCGCCUGAAGGAGGGUGCGGGCGAUGAGGAAGAGUCCAAAGACGGUGAGGAUGAGGCUGGCGGUGAUGAAGAUGGAGGCGGAGGAGAAAACGGCAACGAUAAACAGGCUGCAGAAAGUGAAAAAGGAGGCAGAGGGAAGGAGAAAGAAACUAAAGAGGAGAAAGAAGAUGAGGAUGAUGAUGAAGAGGAGGAGGAGGAGGAGGAGGAGGAGAAGUAAAUCCACUCCGUGAUGGAGAACAGAGGACUUUGAAUGUGACAAACUAAACACUUAAACCGUCUGAAACUGACUCAUAAUAACUCUGUUUGUACAGUUUUCCCUUCUCCUGCAGCAUUUAAAUUGGAAAACAAAACCCCCCUAGAGCUGGAGUUACAAGGUUUUCACUGUAUGCUACAGACACAGACACUGGCGACAUGCAACAAAAAAGAUGUGCAGAUGAUUUGGAAAGUCUUGUGGACUUGUUAUGACAUGUAUUUUGUGAAGGAGGCGGAGCCUGAAAGUGGCACACAGCUUUAGAGCGAUGCUGAGGAAAAGUGGCUGAUGGAUAUGUCCCUCCUAGUGCAGUGUCAUAUGAUCAUUUUAAGUGGUCACACCUGCUGAGAUCUCCUGAUAUAUGCCAUGCCAGUUUUAUUUAUACGUAUAACCCAAAGUCACUUAUCCCAGAUGGAUAACACUGACAGUUGCAACUUAAACCGGCAGCUGUUGUGUAGAACUGGUGAUAAUUUGAAGGUGGUAUUAGCUGGUGGGGCUUUGCCCUAGCUACAUAUUAUCCCUGUUCGGACAUUGUUUUAAUGCGAAACCAUGACAAUUUUUACUUGUGUUUUUUGACAAUAAGUAGCAGCAGUGUUAAAUGUGCAGCAUGUAAGCAAUUGUAUCAUUUAUGCCAGCUAGAUGCCAGUGCAUUAUGUAAAAUAUGCAUGGUUUUUAUUUUAUUCUAAUAUUAUUGUUUUAAAAAGAAAUUCUGUUAAAGG